CGCACCCGGGGCGAGAGGAGCAGCCGGAGGAAAGCGCGUGGCUCUGUCUGCGGCGUGCAUGCGGCACCAGUUUUAAAAGUACAUCACUCCUUAGCUGCUAUGGAGCGUGUGUUUACUCCGCUGGAAUGUCUGCUUCCAAACGGAAACCUGAAGAUUUGCCUGCUGAUCCUUAACCAGCCUUUGAACAAAGGUCAUUUACAUCAUCUGUGGAGCAGAGCUGUUCUGAGAGCAUGUGCUGACGGAGGUGCUAAUCGCCUGUAUCAUAUCACAGAAGGAAACCGUGAAAGCUUUUUGCCAGAUUACAUCAGUGGGGACUUUGACUCUAUUAUGCCAGAAGUAAAGAUGUAUUAUUCAGCCAAGGGAUGUGAGCUCAUAGAGACCCCAGAUCAAGACUUAACGGACUUCACCAAAUGCCUUCAGAUACUCCAGCAGAAGAUAGAGAAGAAUGGCUUGCAGAUUGACAUGAUUGUAACUUUGGGUGGACUUGGAGGUCGCUUUGACCAAAUCAUGGCAUCUGUGGAAACUCUCUUUCAUGCAAUUAAGAUAACCCCUUUUCCCAUCACAGUUAUUCAGGAGUCUUCCCUGAUAUACCUACUUCAGCCUGGAAAGCACAAACUCCACGUAAACACGGGACUAGAAGGCAAGUGGUGCGGCCUCAUUCCUGUUGGGAGUUCUUGCGAGUGCGUUACCACAACAGGCCUAAAAUGGAACCUCGAUGGAAGCGUUUUAAGGUUUGGAACACUGGUCAGCACUUCAAACACUUACAAUGAAUCUGGGGUUGUGACUGUCGAAACUGACAAGCCUUUGCUUUGGACAAUGGGCAUCAAAGAUGAAGAGUGUGCCUGAAAGGCUAUAAGUCGCCUUAAUUUUGUUAAGACCACGCCUUAAAGUGACAUUCCUUGGAAACCUCCAACCCUUAAUGAACUCAGAAUUACGUAUAACGCAGUUAAAAGUCAUUCACUGUAAUUUUACAAAAAUUUACACAUUAGCUUAUUUUUAUGCAGCUUCUAUCUGUAGAGUGCCAGGGCUUUUUAUGACUUGUUAUUGCUGUUGGAUCAGUGUUGUAUAUAUAAGAUUUUUUUAAAAGAAAAAACUGAAAAUGGAUAUAUUUUUCAAUAUACUGUGUACAGGGUAGUUGCUUUUAAAGAGGGGGAGGGAUAGUAAACGUAAGUGGAUAUACAAUGUCUCAUAAGUUAUUUAUCAUAUAAACGUCCUCAAGCAAUUGGUAUCGGCUUUCAGUAAUGCACCAAUUGGCAACAGCAUACAUGUAUAUUUACAUGUGCGCAUGUCAGAAACCAAAUAAUGCAGAAAAGGAGAACAGACAUGCAGCCUCCAGAAACAAAGCCUAUCCGAAUUGCUCCUACACAACUCCCACCAUCAGAGAACAUCUGACUCUUUACUGCUAAAGGAAGCACAUCCUGAAAGCUUGAAUAUCCUCAUGCUGAUGAGCUUGCUUGCUUGCCACCUUGAGUGUCAUUUUUCUUGGUUGAAAGGCGGGGUACAAAUCAAUAAAUGGUAUGAGAAAAGACAAGUGCACCCUGAAAAUGUGUGCCAGGGAUAGCGGUGGAUGGGAACAAUGCCUCUUGAGUAAUUUUAUUUGUGUGUGUGUGUACACAAGCACAUGUGUGUAUAA